AUGCAUGUGAUGAUCUACGCGGAAAAUGGCAUCGAGUGGUUCUACACCUGUCUCGCACUGGCCCGACUCAACGCCGUCACUGUGACGCUCUUCUCGACGCUUUCAGACGACGGCGUAGUUUAUGGCCUCAACCAGAGCGAUGCACCAUUUGUCGUCACUUCAGAGUCACUGCUGCCCAAACUGAACGCCCUGUCGGGACAGCUUGAAAAGCUGAAAAACAUUGUCUACAUUCGAAAUGACAAACAGUCACACGACUCUUCCUCAAUAGCAGUAGUUGAUGAGCUAAAAGCAAAAGAUUUUAAUGUGCACGCCUACGAUCAGGUGGAGGCUACUGGCCAACAGUUGCCUGCUUGCGAUUUUCCUCCACCGGCGCCUGAGGAUUUGUGCAUCAUCAUGUAUACAUCGGGAACAACAGGUUUACCUAAAGGAGUAAAAAUUUCACAUAAAAACUUUUGUCAAACGCUGCUCAACUUGCUGCGAUAUGAUGAGGAAAAUGGCUUUAUUGUCUUCAAAAGCGUCUACCCUGGUUACCUGCCAAUGGGUCACGUGUUUGGGUAUAUGAUGAAUAUUGGAAUGCUACUUUCAGAUUCAAAGAUUGCCUUUUGCAACGCAUUUACCCUGCUGGACUCAAGUCCGGCGCACAUCAAAGGACAGGUGGGCGAUCUGCGUUUGAUUGCGCCUGAAUUUUUUGUAGCAGUACCCCUCGUCUUAGAGCGCAUUCAAAAGGAGAUCUACCGUAAACUGAACACAGUUUCGCCUAUAGCUGCGCCCAUUUUCACCUACCUGAUGGACUACAAAAUUCGCUGGACGCAACGAGGUUUUGACACGCCCAUCAUCAAUCGACUCGUUUCCAAACGCAUCCGUGAUCAGUUUGGCGGUCGCCUAAAGUUGAUGGUGGUCAGCAGUGCACCGUUGAACGCUCGCACUCAAGCAUUGAUUCAGGCGGCACUUGACUGCAAAGUGGUCAUUGCAUAUGGAUCCACUGAAAUGACCGGCACAUCGCACGUUCUUCCGCUAAAUUUGAUAGGUUCCGACUCUUUUGGAAAUACAGGGGUUCCCUGGCACAACUUUUCUUUCUAUUUGAAAGACUGGAAAGAAGGCGGCUACUCAACGAAAGAUAAACCCCAUCCAAGAGGUGAAGUGGUUGUGGGUGGCGUUUGUGUGGCCAAUGGUUACUACAAAAUGGAAAAAGAAACUGCAGAAGUGUUUUUUAAAGACGAGGACGGCAAACGAUGGUUAGAAACGGGUGACAUUGGCGAAGUGCUGCCCAAUGGUACACUGAAAAUUAUUGAUCGACGAAAGGAUUUGCAAAAGCUGGCUAACGGCGAGUUUGUCUCACUAGGAAAAAUUGAAUCAUCAUUGCGGAACUCGCCUUUUGUGGAGAACAUCUGCGUUUGUAAUGACCGAUUCUCCAAUCACCUCACUGCCGUCAUCUCUCCCAACAAGCAAGCAUUAGUUGAACUAGGCGGCAAACUGGGCAAAUCUGCCUCAUUUGAAAAACUCUGCUCUGACGAGGUAAUAAAAAGUGCCGUGCUGCAGUCACUGAAGCAAUUAGCCAUCAGCGAACUGGGCCUGAAACCGAAAGAGGUCCCUGUGGCGAUUACCCUGGUCAAAGAAACCUGGGACCAGGAUAACGGUCUGCUGACGGCGGCGAUGAAGAUGAAACGAAAACAAGUGAACGACUUUUAUCAGGCGGAAAUACAGACAAUGUUUGAGCAGCUUGCGCAAACAGCGCCCGCCACUUCAAACAGCAACGACCAGCAACCGCAGCAAACAUCAACACCUAAUGUAGCCCAGCAAUAG